AUGUAAGGAUUCCAGGUAUGUGAGAUGUAGUGCUUUCCAUUGACAAGACCAGACAACGUGGUGGAGUAAACAUGGGGCUUAUGUAGUGGUGUGCUGAUGAGUGUUAACAAUGGUGAUAGCUUGCAAAUGCAGGUGAUUGGUGAGUGCAGGUGAAGAACCAGAGGGAUGCUGGGAAACGGAGUCCGGGGAAGGUGAGACAGACUGUGACUGUGACACAAUGACAUCAUGAUUUCCAGAUUACAUUAGGCUUGUUCGAGAUACAUUGGUGCUGUGACCGAUUGGCGUAUGACAUCAACGUACCGCAAGAGCAUUUGGAGAGCCUACGUCUCCUUAUACUUUCAAAUUGCUCCCGCUUUGAUACUUUGAUGUCAUAUGCUGAUCUGUUUGUGCAGCGACAAUGCAUCUUAAACAAGCCUAUUCACACAACAUAGCAAAUACCUCAGUGUUAAAUUAACACUCCUCAGAAUUUGAGUCCACACUCAAGAGUGUUAAAAUUAACUCUGAAGCAGUGUUAAAGGUAACGAGAUCAUUAAGUGAUUGAGUAAUGAAUGUCCAUUAGUGAUGAACACCUGAUUUGAACAAGCAGAAUCACUGAAGGGAAGAGUCACCAUUUUGUGUCACCGUUAUGGUGAUCAGUGUUUCCUUUAGUUGGGUUCUUGACCCUUUGACUUUUUAACAGCACUUUUUCUCUGGCUGUUUUAACUUUGUGUUUAGAAAACAAUUUGUUAUGGCACAUAAAGCACAGAGAAAAUAUUUUCAGAUGUUAUGUUUUUAUAGUAUAAAGUAUACUGAUAUCAUUCUAAGCUCAAUCUCUGAUUGCAGCAGCCCUGUGAUGUUACAACAUUAGAUUCUGCAAAAUAAAUAAAUAAAGAUAUAAAAUUAAAGAUAUGUUAAAAACACAAAACAGACGACCAUUACAACUUCUACAUGCAGAGGCACAUGGGUCAUGUCAACUAGCCAAUUUGUAAAUACAACAGCAAGACUCUUUAAACAUACAUGUCAUGAAAGAGUGUAUAUUUUUAUUAUUUCUAAUUUAAACUUUUGAUUCAACUAAGAGAUACUGUGGUAAUGCCAAGUGUCAUUUCUGUCACCUGUUGCAUUUGGCUUGCUAAGUUAAGGACACUUGAUAUUCAGCAAUAAUAUUGAUUUGAUUGCGCUAACACUAUCAGAUGAGAACUGAACUGAGCCGGACGAUGACAUCACUGUUUUCUGCAGAGCUACUUUACAAUGAAUUGAACUGAUUUCAUAAUUGAUUAACUCUACACAGCUAUUGAACAGAACUGAAUUAAAACUAAACUGACUUUAGCUGAACAAUGUCACUAUUUUCUUUUUAGAGCUGCUUUACAGCAGAAUUGAACUCUGUUGGAAUAAUUUAAUUUUUUUCCUGUUUAUACCUGUAAAGCUGCUUUGAAACAGUCUAUGAAGUGUUAAAAAAAAGAUGACUUGACUUGUGGACCAGAUCUGGUAAACAGUAAUGCAUUGCCAAAAUGUCACCAUUCUAGGCAGCAUGUGAGCCACAUGCGGAGUGUGGGAAAGACCAGGAUUAGAAUAAAAAUCAACUGUGACAGAAAUGUGUCAUUUCUAAGGCUUGCUUGUGGCCCAGAUCUUGCAAACAGGAGUGGACCACUCAACGCGGUAUGUCAUCAUUCAACGCGGUUUGUCGGCCAGAGCAAGGUGUUGGAUCUGGGCCAGAAUUAAAAUGAACUGUUGCCCAGAUAUGGGCCAGUUCUGCUUUAUUAAUUUUGUUCAUGGCUCACAAGCGGCAUUGGUAUGGCUUGCUUGUGGCCCAAAUGGCAAACAGGCAUGGACCGCCUAAGUGCUAUCAUUCCAUGAGGUAUGUGGGCCAGAGCAAAGGUGUUGGAUCUGGCACACACUUGGCACUUUCAUGUGGCCCACAUUUGGCAGGAAUGAUGGCACUUGUGUGGUCCGCUCCUGUUUGCCAGAUUUGGGCCAUAAGAAAUCCACAGUAAUGCCGCAUGUCAGCCAUGAACAAAACAAAUGAAGCAGAACUGGCUCACAUCUGGGUAACAGCAAGGUGUUGGAUCUGGGCCAGAAUUAAAAUGAACUGGUGCCCUGAUUAUGGCCAGUUCUGCUUUAUUCGUAUUGUUUAUGGCUGACAUGCGGCAUUUGCAUGGCUUGCUUGUGGCCCAAAUCUGAAAAACAGGAGCGGACACCCAUCUGGUUGGUGGGCCAGAGCAAAGUAUUGGAUCUGGGCCAGAAGUAAAAUAAACUGUUGCCUAGAAGUGGGCCAGUUCUGCUUUAUCCGUUUGUUUAUGGCUGACAUGCGGCAUUGGUAUGGAUUGCUUGUGGCCCAAAUCUGGAAAACAGGAGCGGACCGCCCAAGAGCCAUCAUUCCUGCUAAAAGUGGGCCAAAUGAAAGUGCAAAGUUUGCUCCAGAUCUGGGCCAGUUUUUCUAUCUGGGAGGGGGAAUUGCAUCACUGUGUAUUACUGUGCAUAGAAAUUCGCCUGUUACUGACUGACUGUAAAACUGACUUCCUGUUGUGGUCUUGGAAACAAUUGGGGCCAGAUGAAAUGUGUGUGUAGUUCAAAGAAGCUAGAAGUUUGGUAGGUUAAAGUUGCUCGCUUUUGCUAUGCAACGUGUUAUGUAUCUCUUUGUAGAUUGAGGAAACCACCAACGGUUGAAGGCAGAAGGAAAACGCAUCCUAUGCAUUUUAGCUUAUACUUACUAUAGAAUAUAAAGGUUAACAGGAAACUGAGGGGGAGUAUGUGUGUGUGUUUACUAUAGCUUUUUUUUUUUUUUCCUUCCAUGAACUAUGUUUUUCUUUUCUUCUACCAAAUAGGGUGAUGAAUAAGUUCCUCCUCUUUAUGAUGAUUAUAAAUUAUGAAACUUGUAUCAGAACUAAUAACCAACUAUACAUAGUUGGUUAUUAGUCGAAGGGUGUAACAAAUACAACAAUGUGUCAGCUAAAUGAAUAAAUGUAAAUGCACAUUUCUGAAAGCACACAUAUACAGUAUAAAGGUGUAUUGCAUACUCACCAAUUGGAUUUGGUUGGGAGGGACUUAAUUCUUCAAUAAAUAGAGCAGUAUUUCAGCUGAAAAUUGUUCAGCCAGACAAUCUUCACAGAAUCAAUAUAAUAGUUGAGAUCUUCCGUGAGGUUCAAUUAGGCAGCUAAUACGUAUUCCAGGUGAAGUGAAUCGACUAGAAAUGAUGUCCCCGCAGAAAAUUGAAGCUCUGAAAGAUGAACUGCAAAGAAGCAUUGAGGGACUGAAUUCAGAAUUUGACAGAAAUCAUCAAACCCUCAUUGGUCAAAUAAAGCAGCUGAAUGGCAUCACUGAUGAACUUGAAUCCAUGCACAAAGGCACUACAGUGGGCAGUUUGGUAGGAUCAACAGUAGGAGCAGUGGGAGGAAUCGCAGCCUUAGUGGGUUUCUUUUUGGCCCCGUUCACAGCUGGUCUUUCUUUAGCUGUUGCUGGUGUUGGUACUGCUGUUGGGAUAGCUGGAGGAGUAACAGGUGCAGCAUCUAACAUCACUAACAUUGUCCAGCAGAAAAACCUGCGUGAGACUAUUGAGAAAACCAUCAAUGAUUUCCAGAACACAAUCACCCCAAUUAUUAAGCAUCUGAAUACAAUAUGUAAGACCAUAGAAGAGCUUCAGCAGAUGGAGCAGAUGUAUUCUGCUACAUUUAAAAUAACACUGACAAGUGUGAGAUCUGUGAAAAUGGGUGUGGGCUUGGCAAAACUUGUAACUGUAUAUAAAACUGUUAAACUUGGAAAUGUGGCUGCAAAAGCUGCCAAAACUCUCCAAGGGGUUGGGAAACUAUGUACGGCAAUCUCAUCUCUAUUUCUUAUUCUUGAUCUUUACAGUAUUGUUAAUGAUUCAAUAGAGAUCUCUGAAAUGAAUCAACCAGAAGAAGAGAGAAAAGCAGAAGCAAUCAAAUCAGAAACUUUGAAAUUUAUUUAUGAAAUGAGAAAAAGAGCAGCUAAAUUUCAGGAAACUGUGGAUGAAAUUGAAAAAGCUAGAGACACUUUUAACAGAGAGUUACAAAUCUGUUGAAAAUUGUUUAAGAAGAGCUUGAACUGCUUUGUCUGAUAUUAUUAUCAAUAAUACAGUCAAAGCAGUGCACUCUUUAAACUGGAAUCUUUAAAAAUGUGUGCACUUAAUCACAGAAAGUGUGCAGUCUUUGCAGGCAGGGUGUUCUGAAUUAUAAAAAAGUUAUACGCUUACAUAUUCUGGGAUUUUCUUCUGGGCAUUUGCUAAUGAUUUCAGGGCUUGUGUUUCAUACAAACUCAGCACAUAGUGAGGAAAAUGAGGCCAAAUGUAACUUUUUUUUACAUUUAUUUUGUACUGUGAAAUUAAAUUACUCUGAUUGUCAUAGUCUUUCACUUUGUUUUAUUUUGAUGAGCAACUGUUUGCAUGUUCAAUCAAACAUUCUUUUAAAUGACUGUUGAUAUUUUUUGUUGUAUAUGUUACUGUUCUGUAAUGUAAUAUUAAAGCUAUAUUACACGAUCAUCUCAACCAUAUAUUCACCAAAUUGUGUG